ACGUGCUCCCGGCGCUGGCGCGAGAGAGCGAGCGCCACCGCCGCGGGCCCCGCAGCCGUUCUGCCUGCUGUCACCGCUGCCUCCAUCGCCGACACUAGCGCUCCAGCUGCAGCCAAGGCCGCUACGAGAGCGCAGGAAGCCCUCGAGGAGCGGCUGCCUGGGGGCGCAAGGCUCAGGGCGCGCACCUGGUUUAGAAGAUCGUGACCACAUGGAUCAUCUAACUAAAUGGUACAUGGAGACACAAUGGUCCUAUAGAGAAUACAUGUGAAUUGUUGGCUAAUUUCUUGAUUUGCGACUCAACGUAGGACAUCGCUUGUUCAUAUCUAUCAGAACACUCCUGAAUUUUCCCCACCAUGCUAUCUUUAUUAGCUUGAACUCCUUCCCUAAAAUGGUCCUUCUGUUGAUCCUGUCAGUCUUACUUUUGAAAGAAGAUGUCCGUGGGAGUGCACAGUCCAGUGAGAGGAGGGUGGUGGCUCACAUGCCAGGUGACAUCAUUAUUGGAGCUCUCUUUUCUGUUCAUCACCAGCCUACUGUGGACAAAGUUCAUGAGAGGAAGUGUGGGGCGGUCCGUGAACAGUAUGGCAUUCAGAGAGUGGAGGCCAUGCUACAUACCCUGGAAAGGAUCAAUUCAGACCCUACACUCUUGCCCAACAUCACACUGGGCUGUGAGAUAAGGGAUUCCUGCUGGCAUUCGGCUGUGGCCCUAGAGCAGAGCAUUGAGUUCAUAAGAGAUUCCCUCAUUUCUUCAGAAGAGGAAGAGGGCUUGGUACGCUGUGUGGAUGGCUCCUCCUCUUCCUUCCGCUCCAAGAAGCCCAUAGUAGGGGUCAUUGGGCCUGGCUCCAGUUCUGUAGCCAUUCAGGUCCAGAACUUGCUCCAGCUUUUCAACAUACCUCAGAUUGCUUAUUCGGCAACCAGCAUGGAUCUGAGUGACAAGACUCUGUUCAAAUAUUUCAUGAGGGUUGUGCCUUCAGAUGCUCAGCAGGCAAGGGCCAUGGUGGACAUAGUGAAGAGGUACAACUGGACCUAUGUAUCAGCUGUGCACACAGAAGGCAACUAUGGAGAAAGUGGGAUGGAAGCCUUCAAAGAUAUGGCAGCGAAGGAAGGGAUUUGCAUCGCCCACUCUUACAAAAUCUACAGUAAUGCAGGGGAGCAGAGCUUUGAUAAGCUGCUGAAGAAGCUCACAAGUCACUUGCCUAAGGCCCGGGUGGUGGCCUGCUUCUGUGAGGGCAUGACGGUGAGAGGUCUGCUGAUGGCCAUGAGGCGCCUGGGUCUAGCGGGAGAAUUUCUGCUUCUGGGCAGUGAUGGCUGGGCUGACAGGUAUGAUGUGACAGAUGGAUAUCAGCGAGAAGCUGUUGGUGGCAUCACAAUCAAGCUCCAAUCUCCCGAUGUCAAGUGGUUUGAUGAUUAUUAUCUGAAGCUCCGGCCAGAAACAAACCAUCGAAACCCUUGGUUUCAAGAAUUUUGGCAGCAUCGUUUUCAGUGCCGACUAGAAGGGUUUCCACAGGAGAACAGCAAAUACAACAAGACUUGCAAUAGUUCUCUGACUCUGAAAACACAUCAUGUUCAGGAUUCCAAAAUGGGAUUUGUGAUCAACGCCAUCUAUUCAAUGGCCUAUGGGCUCCACAACAUGCAGAUGUCCCUCUGCCCAGGCUAUGCAGGACUCUGUGAUGCAAUGAAGCCAAUUGAUGGACGGAAACUUUUGGAGUCCCUGAUGAAAACCAAUUUUACUGGGGUUUCUGGAGAUACGAUCCUAUUCGAUGAGAACGGAGACUCUCCAGGAAGGUAUGAAAUAAUGAAUUUCAAGGAAAUGGGAAAAGAUUAUUUUGAUUAUAUCAAUGUUGGAAGUUGGGACAAUGGAGAAUUAAAAAUGGAUGAUGAUGAAGUAUGGUCCAAGAAAAGCAACAUCAUCAGAUCUGUGUGCAGUGAACCAUGUGAGAAAGGCCAGAUCAAGGUGAUCCGAAAGGGAGAAGUCAGCUGUUGUUGGACCUGUACACCUUGUAAGGAGAAUGAGUAUGUCUUUGAUGAGUAUACAUGCAAGGCAUGCCAGCUGGGGUCUUGGCCCACUGAUGAUCUCACAGGUUGUGAUUUGAUUCCAGUACAGUAUCUUCGAUGGGGUGACCCUGAACCCAUUGCAGCUGUGGUGUUUGCCUGCCUUGGCCUCCUAGCCACCCUGUUUGUUACUGCAGUCUUCAUCAUUUACCGGGAUACACCAGUAGUCAAGUCCUCAAGCAGGGAACUCUGCUACAUUAUCCUUGCUGGCAUCUGCCUGGGCUACUUAUGUACUUUCUGCCUCAUUGCAAAGCCCAAACAGAUUUACUGCUACCUUCAGAGAAUUGGCAUUGGUCUCUCCCCAGCCAUGAGCUACUCAGCCCUUGUAACAAAGACCAACCGUAUUGCAAGGAUCCUGGCUGGCAGCAAGAAGAAGAUCUGUACCAAAAAGCCGAGAUUCAUGAGUGCCUGUGCCCAGCUAGUGAUUGCUUUCAUUCUCAUAUGCAUCCAGUUGGGCAUCAUUGUUGCCCUCUUUAUAAUGGAGCCUCCUGACAUAAUGCAUGACUACCCAAGCAUUCGAGAAGUCUACCUGAUCUGUAACACCACUAACCUAGGAGUUGUCACUCCACUUGGAUACAAUGGAUUGUUGAUUUUGAGCUGUACCUUUUAUGCAUUCAAGACCAGAAAUGUUCCAGCUAACUUCAACGAGGCCAAGUAUAUCGCCUUCACAAUGUACACGACCUGCAUUAUAUGGCUAGCUUUUGUACCAAUCUACUUUGGCAGCAACUACAAAAUCAUCACCAUGUGUUUCUCGGUCAGCCUCAGUGCCACAGUGGCCCUAGGCUGCAUGUUUGUGCCGAAGGUGUACAUCAUCCUGGCCAAACCAGAGAGAAAUGUGCGCAGCGCCUUCACCACAUCUACUGUGGUACGCAUGCAUGUAGGGGAUGGCAAGUCAUCCUCCGCAGCCAGCAGAUCCAGCAGCCUAGUCAACCUGUGGAAGAGAAGGGGCUCCUCUGGGGAAACCUUAAGGUACAAAGACAGGAGACUGGCCCAGCACAAGUCGGAAAUAGAGUGUUUCACCCCCAAAGGGAGUAUGGGGAAUGGUGGGAGAGCAACAAUGAGCAGCUCUAAUGGAAAAUCUGUCACGUGGGCCCAGAACGAGAAGAGCAGCCGGGGGCAGCACCUGUGGCAGCGCCUGUCCAUCCACAUUAAUAAGAAAGAAAACCCCAACCAAACGGCCGUCAUCAAGCCCUUCCCCAAGAGCACGGAGAGCCGCGGCCUGGUCGCUAGCGCUGGCGCAGGCGGGAGCGCGGGGGGCAUGGGGGCCACGGGCGGUGCGGGCUGCGCAGGCGCCGGCCCUGGCGGGCCCGAGCCCCCAGAUGCCGGCCCCAAGGGGCUGUAUGAUGUGGCCGAGACCGAGGAGCACUUCCCGGCACCCACGCGGCCGCGCUCACCGUCGCCCAUCAGCACGCUGAGCCACCGCGCGGGCUCGGCCAGCCGCACUGACGACGAUGUGCCGUCGCUGCAUUCGGAGCCCGCUGCGCGCAGCAGCUCGUCGCAGGGCUCCCUCAUGGAGCAGAUCAGCAGUGUGGUUACCCGCUUCACGGCCAACAUCAGCGAGCUCAACUCCAUGAUGCUGUCCACCGCGGCCCCCAGCCCCGGCGUAGGCGCCCCGCUUUGCUCGUCGUACCUGAUCCCCAAAGAGAUCCAGCUGCCCACAACCAUGACGACCUUCGCCGAAAUCCAGCCUCUGCCAGCCAUCGAGGUCACUGGCGGCGCGCAGCCCGCGGCAGGGGCUCAGGCGGCUGGGGACGCGGCCCGGGAGAGCCCGGCAGCCGGGCCCGAGGCUGCGGCCGCCAAGCCAGACCUGGAGGAGCUGGUGGCUCUCACCCCGCCGUCCCCCUUCAGAGACUCGGUGGACUCUGGGAGCACAACCCCCAACUCGCCAGUGUCGGAGUCGGCCCUCUGUAUCCCGUCGUCUCCCAAAUAUGACACUCUUAUCAUAAGAGAUUACACUCAGAGCUCCUCGUCGUUGUGA